AUGAAUCCUGUCUUCUUGUUUCCUGUGGUUCUGAUCAUGGUGCUGUGGAGAGCGGCCACCACCCAUGGAUUCAUUCAAGCCACCACCAGCAACAAAAUCACCAUGGAAUUUGCAGACCUCCCGGCUCUCUUUGGGACUCCCUUGAAACAGGAAGGACUUAAGGGGUUUCUUGUCGAGGUUCAUCCAGUGAAUGCCUGCAGUGCCAUCAGCCCACCACCUCAUGCCAAGGACAGUGAAUCUGUCUUUAUAGCCUUGCUUCGGAGAUUUGACUGCAACUUUGAUCUUAAGGUCCUGAACGCUCAGAACGCUGGGUAUAGCGCAGCUGUGGUAUACAAUGUCAAUUCCAAUGAGCUUCUGAAUAUGGUGUGGAACAAUAAGGAAAUCCAGGAAAAGAUCUCGAUUCCUUCUGUUUUUAUUGGAGAGAGGAGUUCUAGGUAUCUACGUGCUUUCUUCCUUUACACCAAUGGGGCCCAUGUACUUCUGGUCCCAAAUAGUAUCUUCCAUGUAGUCUAUUACCUUCUCAUAUUUACAGGGUCUUUUUCACUGCUGAUUUUAGUUAUGGCAAUAUUGACUAUGAUAGUAAAUUAUAUCCAGGAACGGACACAAAUCCGGAGAAAUCGACUCACCAAAAAGGAACUUGAACAGAUUCCUACGCAUGUAUACCAGAAGGGAGACCAGUAUGAUGUCUGUGUUAUCUGUCUGGAGGAGUAUAAAGAUGGGGACAAACUGAGGGUACUUCCCUGUGCUCAUGCCUACCACAAUCGCUGUGUUGACCCUUGGCUCACUCAGACCCAGAAAACCUGUCCCAUUUGCAAACAGCCUGUUAAUAAAAAGCCUGUGGAGGAGCAUGCUGAAGAAACUCAGUAUCAAGAGGCCUAUGAAGGGGAAUCCUCAAGAAAUGCCCCUGCCACUGAAUGGACCCCACUUCUGGAUUCUGCCACUCUUCCAAAAUCGUUUGGCUCCCUAGCUCCAGCACCCAAUAUUUUCUCAGGGUCUUCAACAUAUUUUCAACCUUCCCCUGCUUCCUCUUCCUCUUCAGCAGACACCAUCAUCUGA